CUCCAACCCUGCGCUCGCCUGCAUGCUCCUUGUCCUUUCCACAUCCCCCAUAUUAUCCAAUAAGCCUCCUGCAGUCCUUUCAUGGGUUUCUAUCCCAGCCGCUUCCCAAACGGCCGCUUCUCGGGACGCCCCUCCUGGCCACAACGGUCAGCGAACACGAGUGUGGUGCAUUGUUCCUAUCGGACCCUGCAGCUACCCUGCGGAAGCGAGCUCCAAAUAGGAAACUGUGCCUGUCGAUAGUGACGUUUUAGGUGCAUAGACAAGCCACGGACAGCUCAGGGUCUAGAUUUCCAGCCCGCCCGCGAUAUUCGCCCCUCAGACUGUCCGAUGUCUGCUCCCCGUGCAUGAUGUAUCGAUAUUUCGUGCAGGAACAUGCUCCGAGCUGAUCGCUAAGUACGAGGAUAAAGUAGUCCCUUUCCGUCCGUAAAUGCCUCCCUCGCUCUGCAUUGCUUCCGCACCAAGCCUCAGUACCUAGGCAGUGUUUCCGUCGCAAUGCUUCUCCUCAUGUCUUUGUACGCAUUGUUGAACCUGGCGGCCUUCGCCUCGGCGUCAGAGCUACUCUGGGCCAGGAACAACCCACCCCAGCCGCCAUGUGUCUAUCCAUACACCGAAUUCGUCUAUUCAGGAUGCUUCACAGACUCAGUCUCCAGCCGAGCGCUUCCAUUCAUGACUGAGAUGGAAUUCUACAAUGCCACUGUCGAGCAAUGCACCGCUUACUGCAAGGGUAAUAACUACCGCUAUGCGGGAUUGGAGUACUACGGACAAUGCUUCUGCGGCGCUAGCGUGUCGAGCCCGUCUGCCCCUGAAGAAGAAUGCAACCUUCCUUGCAACGGUGACAACAGUCAAGCUUGUGGCGGCGAGGACCGCAUCUCCAUUUAUCAGGACCCGACCUUCCCCGAUGCCGACGAUAUCGCCGAAUCUUCCGAUUAUAUGUCUCUCGGUUGCUACACUGAAGGAGCGAGCGGCAGAUCGCUCGACUACUCGCAAUGGGACUUCCUCGAUGCCGACACGAUGACGACCGAGACCUGCUUAACGGCCUGCGGCGCCAAAGGGUACCCCUUUGCGGGAACCGAAUUCGGACGUGAAUGCUACUGCGGUGUCGUCCUAGGUAACGGCACAACGCCUACAGACGCCAGCGAAUGCUCCACCCCUUGCACAGGGAACAAUUCACAGACCUGCGGCGGCCCCGAUCGCCUCUCCCUCUACGUCGCGAAGAACCUAGAAUCGACCGACCCUUGUGGCCCGCCAAUCAUUUCCUCUUCCAGCAUCCCCUCCUCCACGACGACGACGCCGCCGCCCUCUUCCACCUCGAAGUGCCACGGAUACCACUGCCCUAAGACGACGAAGACGUCAUCCACCCCAGCUAAGACGACGACGUCGAAGUGCGUCGGACUUUGGUGCCCGAAGACGAGCUGCAAGACGCCCACGCCCACGCCGCCGAAGUCUACGAGGAAGUCGUCGACGCUGAAGACGACGACGACGUCGUGCAAGACGACGCCUACCCCGAAGAAGUCGACGGCUAAGAGUACGCCGAAGCCUACUUCGACGAAGAAAUACGGAUGGAGGUGGUGAGCCUGAGCAUGGAUGGAGAUUAACAAGUAAUGAAUAGGAGGCUAGCACGAGGAGCUAAUAAGACAAGGCGUGUGCAUGCCAAAGGAAGGAUAAAUAUGUUCAUAAUGGGUAAUUCUAUAAUUCUCCGAUGCUCCCUUGUCCUUCAGCUUUCCCAUGUCAUCCCGCUCCUCAGUGCGUUCCACUCUGCGAUGGGUAAAUCUCUAGAUCGAGCGGAUUGGCCUUCAGUUAGAGGUUCUUAGUUAGGUGUGACUGGUGGCCGAUGGGGAUGUUAAGCAAAACACGAGAAACGGGGGUAACACACUGAGCGGUUCAUCGGAAAACACUCGCCAUCCAAAGACUGCAGUAUU